AUGGAUUCACCCGAGAAGCUGGAAAAGAACACUUUAGUGGGCAUCCACAAGACCCGGCUGGGGGUGUGCGGUUGGAUUCUGCUGUCCUUCUCCUUCCUGCUGUUGCUCCUCACCUUCCCCAUCUCCAUAUGGAUGUGCUUGAAGGUCAUUAAGGAGUACGAACGUGCUGUUGUCUUCCGACUGGGACGCAUCCAGGCCGAUAAAGCCAAGGGACCAGGUUUGAUCCUGGUCCUGCCCUGUAUAGAUGUGUUCGUCAAGGUUGAUCUUCGAACGGUCACUUGCAACAUUCCUCCACAAGAGAUCCUCACGAGAGACUCCGUCACCACGCAGGUGGAUGGGGUCGUCUACUACAGAGUCUACAGUGCUAUCUCAGCAGUGGCCAAUGUCAACGAUGUCCAUCAAGCUACGUUUCUGCUGGCUCAGACCACUCUGAGAAAUGUCCUGGGGACACAGACCUUGUCCCAGAUCUUAUCUGGGCGAGAAGAGAUCGCCCAUAGCAUCCAGACCUUGCUUGAUGAUGCCACUGAGCUGUGGGGGAUCCGCGUGGCCCGGGUGGAAAUCAAAGAUGUCCGGAUUCCUGUGCAGCUGCAGAGGUCCAUGGCGGCUGAGGCUGAGGCAACGAGGGAAGCCAGAGCCAGGGUCAUUGCAGCAGAGGGAGAAAUGAAUGCUUCCAAGUCCCUGAAGUCGGCCUCCAUGGUGCUGAGUGACUCGCCCAUAGCCCUCCAGCUGCGUUACCUGCAGACCUUGGCCACUGUGGCCACGGAGAAGAAUUCCACCAUCGUCUUUCCUCUGCCCAUGAACAUCCUCGAGGGCAUUGGUGGCAUCAGCUAUGAGAACAACAAGAAGAUCGAUGCCAGGGCCUGA